ACUACAGCACCAACCCACAAUUCAAUUCCCCUUCAAAAUUUAUACAACUCAAUCUCAAACCAAAGACUUCUCCUUCCAAUUCUUCUUCUAUAUAUCGUGUCCUCGACUACAUAUAUAGUUAUUUCUUGCUUUUGCAUAUUUGAGCUUCGAAACAACAUUAUUUACAGAUUGUUCAAUACAUACUUACCAAAAUGAGAUUGUUGUCUAGGAAAGCCACGUGUAAUACUCAUGGGCAAGAUUCCUCUUACUUCCUAGGAUGGCAGGAAUACGAGAAGAACCCAUACGAUGAGAUCAAGAAUCCAACAGGCAUCAUUCAGAUGGGUCUUGCAGAGAAUCAGCUCUCUUUUGAUCUUCUCGAGUCAUGGCUGGCUAAGAACCCGGACGCAGCUGGGUUCAAAAAAGAUGGACAGUCCAUAUUUAGAGAGCUUGCUCUUUUCCAAGAUUAUCAUGGCCUUCCUGAGUUCAAGAAAGCAUUGGUAGAAUUCAUGGCAGAAAUAAGAGGCAACAAAGUAAGCUUUGAUCAAAACAAAAUAGUACUCACUGCCGGUGCAACUUCGGCGAAUGAGACACUCAUGUUCUGCCUUGCUGAGCCAGGAGAGGCCUUCCUUCUUCCCACUCCAUACUACCCAGGAUUUGAUAGAGAUCUCAAGUGGAGAACUGGGGUUGAGAUUGUACCAAUUCAGUGUACAAGUUCAAAUGGCUUCCAAAUCACUGCACCAGCCCUUGAAGAAGCCUUUCAAGAAGCACAAAAGCGAAACCUACGGGUUAAGGGUGUCUUGGUCACAAACCCCUCAAACCCUUUGGGAACUACAAUGACCGGCAAUGAAUUGAAUCUUCUUUUAAGCUUUGUUACCGAGAAGGGCAUUCAUCUCAUAAGCGAUGAGAUUUAUUCGGGUACAGUUUUUAGCUCUCCGGGAUUUGUAAGUAUCUUAGAAGUUUUGAAGGAUAGGAAAUGUGAGAAUAGUCAAGUUUGGAAUCGAGUUCAUAUUGUCUAUAGUCUAUCAAAGGAUCUUGGUCUCCCUGGUUUUAGAGUUGGUGCAAUUUACUCCAACGAUGACAUGGUUGUAUCAGCAGCAACCAAAAUGUCUAGCUUUGGUUUAGUGUCUUCUCAAACUCAAUAUCUUCUCUCUGCUCUACUCUCUGACAAAAAGUUUACGAGGAAUUAUAUCUCGGAGAAUCAAAAGAGGCUUAAACAACGUCAAAAAUUGCUGGUAAAGGGCCUUGAAAAGGCUGGAAUCAGCUGCCUGAAGAGCAAUGCUGGCUUGUUUUGUUGGGUUAACAUGAAGCAUCUCUUGAGUUCUAACACAUUUACAGAAGAAAUGGAACUUUGGAAAAAGAUUGUUCAUGAAGUUAAGCUAAAUAUCUCUCCUGGUUCUUCCUGUCAUUGUACCGAGCCAGGGUGGUUUCGAGUAUGCUUCGCUAACAUGUCUAAAGAAACAUUAAGCCUUGCUAUCCAACGAUUGAAGUCAUUUGUGGAGUCGAUGAAAAAUCAAAGCCAUCACCAAAUGCUGAAAAGCUCAAGAAGAAAGUUCCUCACCAAGUGGGUUUUCCGACUAUCGUUUGAUCAUGAUCACCGCGAGCCUGAGGAGCGAUAGUCUGGUAAUUAUGUCAAAUGUGAACGUAAUUAAAAACAGAGUAGUUCUUAUCCAUUUAAUUUUUUUCACACCAAAAAUAUAUUUUUGGUUGAUAAGUUUUUCUCAAUUCUUCUUUUGAAUUGUAGAAAGCGCACUCGAUCCCUGCGGGAUUUGGAGUGGCUCUAAGCUAGAUUUGUUUCCUAAAACCUCGUGUCCCUUGCAAAAAAUUCUUCUAUUAAAGGAUAUGCUAAUGUGAUUAA